UAACCUGGGUGCGGUCGCAUUUGUCGAAGGUUGCUCAUUGUGUUGUCGACAAGAAUGUUAAACAGUGAGAGUUUAAGGAGCGUGAGAACGAUGAAGAUGUGAGGCAGACGUUGCUAAAUUGUACUUACAACUUGUGUGAAUAUCAACUUUUUUUUUGGUUAUUACGUGUUAGUGGAGUGGAAGAAAGAAAGGCUUGCCUAUCUGCAAGCGGGUGCGUUUGUUUACUUCACGACGAAGCGUUAACUAUUGUCCGACCAACACGUCUGCUGCGUCAGUGUUUGUGUUAAGUGAUUUGGAAGGACGAUAAGGACCGAUCUCUGCAGGAAAUAGUGUCGUAAAGACGUGUGUCUAUGGCGUGCACGUACGAUUUUGAUGACGCUUGGUCACGCUACUGAAAUAGCUCGAGCUGUUUAUAACCGUGCGUCAUAAUACAUCUGGCACCGCGGCAUUCCAGAGCAAACAUGACAACUGCCAAAGGUCCUGGAUUGUACGAGUUCCUCAUCGAAGCGGAACUUCAGCAAUACUAUGCCGGUAUCAAGAACGAUCUCAAGGUGCAGAAUGUGCCACAACUCAAGUACGUCACCGAGGAUGACCUGCACAGCAUCGGUAUGUCGCGGCCAGAAGUACGGCGUCUCAACAAGUACUUCCAGAAGCACUUUCCACAGAACUACCUCUCCAAGCUCAAAAAGAUGAUCCUGCCGGGCAGCCGUCGGGGCGAUGAGCAGCAGGUGGCGUCGAUGGUGGCGAUGCUGCCGGAUGAGGGGCCCGACAAGCCGGCGGUGCGCGUCCCCAACAAGCACAUCAUCCCCGCAGAGGCCAUCAUUGUCAACAAGGAGCUCGGCUCGGGGGAGUUCGGCGUCGUGCAGCAGGGCGUCUGGACCAACGACGGCGAGAGGAUCCAGGUUGCCAUCAAGUGCCUUAGCCGUGAGAGGAUGCAGAACAACCCGAUUGAGUUCCUGAAGGAAGCCGGCAUAAUGCACUCCAUAGACCACGAGCAUAUUGUUCGUCUCUACGGGGUGGUCCUCGACACGGGAGCUCUGAUGCUGGUGACGGAGCUGGCGCCGCUGCGCUCGCUGCUGGAGUGCCUGAAGGAGCCAUCGCUGCGGCCCAGCUUCCCCGUUCUGACGCUCUGCGACUUCGCUGUGCAGAUCUGCGACGGCAUGCAGUACCUCGAGGCCAAGCGGCUCAUCCACAGGGACCUUGCAGCACGUAACAUCCUAGUGUUCUCGAAGAACAAGGUGAAGAUUUCAGACUUUGGCCUCUCGAGGGCGCUGGGUGUGGGAAAGGAUUACUACCAAACCAACUUCAAUGUCAACCUCAAGCUGCCCAUUGCAUGGUGCGCCCCAGAAUGCAUCAGCUACCUGCGCUUCACGUCCGCUUCGGACGUGUGGGCGUACGGCGUGACUCUGUGGGAAAUCUUCAGUUAUGGCUUCCAGCCGUGGGCCGCGCUCACCGGCCAUCAGAUCCUCGAGGCCAUUGACGAGCCAAAUUUCCAGCGCCUCGAACAGCCGGACUGCUGCCCGAAGGAGUACUUCAACGUGAUGCUCAAGUGCUGGCAGCACGACCCCGGCAAGCGGCCCAGGUUCGCCGACCUCAUGGAGCUGCUGCCCGAGUGCAAACCGGAGCAGGUGCAAGCUGUCCAAGACUGCUGCGAGGAGCCUGCAAAGGCCAAGAGGGAGCAGCUGCUGUACCGCGUGGGUGACGUCAUCACCGUGCUCGACAAGGGGCCGAUCCCGAAUGUGUCGGGCUGCUGGAAAGGUGUCCUGAACAGCGGCAAGACGGGCCUCUUCAACCCGGCGCACACGGUUGCCUACCUGGGCUCGAACCUGCCUGCAGCACCCGGCGGAAAGCCCGGGGAAUUCGUCCGAGGAGACAGCGUCAGGUCCCUCAGGUCGUCGACAUCCGGUAAAAUGUCAGACGGGAAGAACCCAUACUCGUCACGUCGGAGGCUGCGCCCGGAGAUGAUAUCGCGGCCGCAGGGUGACCUGAAGCACACCGGCCACGUGGGGCUGGACGGCUCCUACUUUGGGGACAUGUCCUUCCUCGGCGGCAAGCAAUACCAGCACCUGCCGCACCAGGUGGUGGCGCCGUACAAACCACAGGAGGACUCGGAGCCCGCGGGUCGGGCCCCGGGGCAGGACCAGUCGGACCGUGCGCCGCUGCUCAAGCCGGUCCCCCAGAAGAUGGCAGACUGUGACGUUGCGCCAAAGAGCAAGGUGCAGCUGGUGACGGACCACGAGUACCACGAGAUCAGUGACGAGGAGAGCCUGCCGCCCCCGGCCGACAGCCCCUGCUUUGAGCAGAAGUCAUUUGACCUUGGGCCGAGCCUGCUGGACGAGAUGGAGUCGAUGAUCCGCGGACUCGGCAGCUCCGGUUCCGGCGCCGGUUCUGGCGCGUCCACGCCUCCCCCACCCUCCCCACUGGACGAGACGACCAACGUCCGCAACGAGCUGCGCGAGAUCGCCGCCAAGGUCACGUCAACCACUGGCCGCAAGAAGCAGGCUACGGUGAAGCCCAUCUCGGCAUCGGACGAGAAGACUCUGGACAGUGCGAUCGCGAUGGCACACGAGCUCGCCGCGCGCUCCAUGUCGGAGCUGGACAGCGGCGGGGUGGCGGGCGGAGGCGGCGGCCCGAGGACGGGGUCGGGGGUAGGGAGCAUGCAGGGGAGCCCCCCGGAGUCACCCCACACUCCAGCUGGAGGGCGACGCAAAUUUUCGUUUCGCUUCCCUGCCCCCUCUGCCUCCUCCCUGUCCGGGGGCGGCGGGGGUGACGGCGGCGGUACUGGCACGACGGGGCGUGGACGCCGUCACGAGGUGCGGCGCACCUUCUCCGAGGAGGCGGCGUCCAUCCCGGACAUUCAGGUACCGUCGGAGCAGUCUUCUUCGGACGACUCCAAAAGCAAAGAUUCGGAGCAUUCGUCUCUGACAGAGGAGGCGCGUGCCGCCUACACGACGCUGGUGGAGGCUCCCGCUGCAGCAGUAACUGUGCCGGUGCCGGGUGUGGCGACCGCAGUCUCCAGCGAUGCCGGUUCCAACCCACUGCGGCUGCUACGGUCGGGGCCGCUGCCGGUGGCUGUGCGGCGCCCGCGGGGGGCACAGCAGCUGCAGCCGCUUCCGGCACCCAGGGCCCUCGGGGCACCGCCUCCGCCCCCGGUGCAGGGGAGACCUCGUAGCAGGGAGUUGCAGACUGGCUCGGAGGACGAGGGACCGUCGCCGAGUCCGACGUCCAGCGACGGAGCCAACCCGAUCCCGCUCCCACCGCGCGACCGUUCGAGGCCUCCCGCACCGUCCAAGCCGCGCCACCAGCGGAAGCACCCGCUCAUCAUCCCCGGCGGGGGCGUGUCGCGGACACUGGCGCGCCUCGGCAGUGUCGACUCCGACGAGGGGGCGGACGAUCGCGACCGACUGUCGCCGCAGCUGCAACGGCGGGGCCACUCGCCGCCCCCGCGGCUCGAUGAAGCGGAGGAGGAGGAGGGCGGUGAAACGUCGGAGCCACCUCGGAACGGGCAGGUGGCGGCAGAAACGACGGCCGACGCUGAUAGGACGGGCAGCCCCUGUGAUGGGGACGACAGCUUCGAGAGGCACAUUGCGGACGAGCUGGAGGCGCUGGACGCGAUGGAGGAGGAGCCGGGGGUGGGCGCGGGAGCGGGCCCACGGCCGGACGGCCACGCCGUCUCGUGCGAGGACCUGCUGGAGUUCGCGUCGCCGCGGACGGCGGGCCCGAGGCGCGGCGCCGACUCCGACGAAGUCCGUAUCAUGCGGAAAGUCCUCGGACCCGAGGCGGCGGGCCCAGCGGAGCUGUGCGUGUCGGCGCUGGAGGCGGCGGGCUGGGACGUGCACCGCGCCAUCAAGCUGCGCCGGCUGCACACGCUGCUCCUGCACCACCGCGGGGGUGGCGGCGAGGGGGAGGAGCCGUGCGACGAGACAGCGCUGCGGUCGGCGCUCGAGGGCGCGGGCUGGGACGUGGCGCGUGCCCUGCUGGCUCUGCAGGCGCAGGGGACUCUCCUCCCGCCUGCGAUACAGGUUUGAGUGGGCUCCCUCGCCCCACCCGCUACUCCCCCACGCGGCCUCUAGCAGAGCAGAGCCUCCGCAGCAGCUCCGGCGCGCCUCGGGCACACUGCACACCUCUUCGAAUUGGUCUUCCAGGGUCUCCUUCUUUUCUACACAUUUUGUAUAUAAUUGCAUUUUUGUUACUCUGUACAUUGGGUUUGUUACUGCAGCCCCAUUGCAAAUCAAAACGAGCACAGAUGCUCGAAAUUUUUUUAGACAGUGUAUUACAGUAUUUAAGCUUUUUACAGCGUAUUUUAGUGAGCAGAUGUGAAUGAGCCUUUUUGCUACUUCAUGUGGUAGUACUGUGUGUGUGUGUGUGUGUGUGUGUGUGUGUGUGUGUGUGUGUGUGUGUGUGUGUGUGAUUGAUGCUUCCACACUGUAAAAGAGCCCAAAGUGUUUUGUUUUUAAUAGUUUAUAUAAGUUACAUAGUGUACAAAGAUUGUUGUACUGAUAUCCUGCAAAAGCAGCAUACAGCCAUGUGAAGUCUUGACAGCUCUGAAAACGUCAUCUGUCAACACGGAUAUCUCUCUCUCUCUCUCUCUCUCUCUCUCUCUCUCUCUCUCACACACACACACACACACACACACACACACACACUCCCCCCUCCCUCCCUCCUUCCUCCGCUCCCUGCCUCAAGAAAAAACUACCUAUAGAAAAUACCUCUUUACGAAAAGGAAAAUUCUCUUUAAAAAAAAAAGUGUAACAUUACAGUCUGGCUAAAUGAGUGACCAGUACUUUUAACAUUCAGGAGACAAAAUUCCAAGUACUACCUAUAGACACGUGUCGGGCCUGGUGGUGUAGUGGUAAACAAAGAGGUUGUGGGAUUGAAGCCUGACUGAGCCAUGAAAAUUUGCAGUCUGCAUUUAAUCUGGUCUUCACCUGUCAGUGAUGUGGACAGUGGCUAAGAGUGAUUUGUGGUUCAUAUUCUCCAUUACACUGCAUCUUACCUCUCUGGCAGUUGAGUAACUGGGGUAUGUUAUGGACAUAAAAGUUGCCGGAGUGGUGUCCAAUAGGAAGACCUGCACUCGGCGAUUGAGCCACACACAAUUAUUAUAAACACUUUUACCAGUGAGGAAAAAACAUUACUCCACUUUCAGAACUGUUAGUUCGUCUCUCUCAGGAAGAAGAUAGGACAGGCUAUGAAAGAUUGCAAAGGAGCAGGAGCUCAUUCACCACUCGGACCUACUUUUCUGUGUGUACAUUGGCAGUACUUGAAUUUGCCUCUCCUUGAGGUCAAUUCUAGAAGUAUCUCUGUUAGUAGCAUCACUGAGAAUUAGGAGUGUCAUAUUUCGUUUUUGGAAACAAAUAUAUCCCACUUAAUACCCACCACCUUAUAGUCACUUGUCAGAGAUGAGUUAGCUUGGGGGAGCAGUAUUUAAUUCUCAGUAACAGUUCUCCAGAGAAAUUAGCAACCUAAGCAUUACUCAAACAUAUAUUGAAUGUGGUGCUAAUUGUCUAAUCUCUCUCACUAUUUUUAAUGGUUUGUUUGAAUCGGAAGCAAGUCAAAGUUAUGGGUGUAGAACAGACAAGUAAACUUUCGGCAUUUGUAUCAAAUGCACACAAUACAGACAGGUAAAUAUUUGCAGAGCACUAGUUUGGCCUAAAAGCGAGUGAUGUCAAUUGAAGACUUGAAAUAAAAAAGGCUCCAAGUGCCAAAAUCAUGAAUUUGAGGAAAAUGAGUUUUAAGUGUACUGGAUAAUUAAUGUCUAUAAUUGCACUAUUAAUGUGUUUUAUUUGAAAGUUAAGCAUAGUAUGGAUCUAGUUUCAAAAGGAAAUUACGAACAUUCUAUUGUAAUAGCAUGAAAAACUUACUGAAAGUGGAAAUUCAAUGAAAAGCUCCAAGUGGCAUAGCUCAGUACUCGACUAAAAGGUUGCAUUUUCAUGAUGCCCCUUACUCGUACACCUUUUCUGAAAAUAAGGACACCUUCCCAGGCCUCCUGGUCUUAACGACAUGAGGCUUAAGUUUAUCCAACUAGAGUCACUGUACUUUUGAUAUGUUUAGAUUUGCUGUGUUUGUGUUACAAUCUGCUGCUUUCUUGAAAUCCAACAAGGUAGAUGCAUUCAUGUUACUGAUUAUAAAUCGCUGUAUCAUGUCUUUUACAUCUUCUGGAACAAUACACCUGGUAAUUCAAGAAUAAACAUUCUGUCCAGUUAUGUGCAGAUUAACGAUCUGUAAUGAGAUUUAUUUCUUGUACUGGAUGAGAUUUUACAGAAUGGAUUUAUUGCUUGAGUAGUGUAUUCAUCCCCUCCAGUUUUCAGCUUUUCCCUUAUUGCAGCCACAGUACCUUCUCCUUUAAUUUGUCACUUCUUUCCAUUCAAACUUUUACAAACACCUGCUGUCUCUGCCAUUUUAUCUAACACCGAGGAGUAAGCGUGUGGAACAUAGAGCCUUAAAUAUCUUAACAGCAGUGGCUGUUAAACUGCAUCCCAUCUAUUGAUUGCAUUUGCUAUUACAUUUUGUUUGUGGCAGUUUGAGCCUUUUACACAUUAUUGGGCUUCACGUGUCGAUCACAUUUAACACGAAACUUCAAAAUUCCCUGUUGUGCCACUUAGAGCCUUGUUUAUUUCCAGUCUUCAAUUGUUAGCAUCCCAACAUUCUGACUAGUGCUACUAUACAGAACUGUGAAUACAACAAUAGUUAAAAAUACUGUCAAACGGGGUGGUUUUGGACAGUUUUGUCAUUAUUUUGAUUGUAACUUUAAUAUAUAUUGUCAGAUUAAAUUGAUUGUAAUGAAAGUGGUAGAGUAUAUGUGUAACAAAUAAAAUAUCGCAGAACCAGAAAGUGUAUGUGUAGGUAUAUUUGAGGCAGUUAAAUAAAUUGGGGUGAUUUCGGACACAUGUGUUUUUUAAAUCUCUGUCCGAAGUUACAGUUAUAGAGGGCAAAUUUGGACAGUUACUGCCUGCUUUUUUUUUGUGACGUUUUACACACUUUAAGGCAGCCCUUUGUUAUGAAUAAGUGUUAUGGAAUGAUAUAAUGGAUUUUAUAUAUUACAGAUAAGUUUUUAUUUUGCAAGAAUUUAAAUAAACAGUCUCUUUGUUCAUUUCUGCACAAGCUCAUUUAAUAUUUUCGCUUAAGCGAAUGGAAAGAUCUUCUGACUGUCGUUUGAGGAAUAAAUGCACCCAUUCUUCUCCUGGCAAAUUAUUACGAAAUUUCUUCCCUUUUCGGCUCGAUUUAUCCAGGUAGCCUUUAACUAAAUAUCCAAUAUCCAAUUUAGUGAAGAGAAAUCUCCAAUGUGCAGCCCUCAAGAUACCUUCUUCUUUAUUUAGCACUGGCUGCACUUUAUUUUGUAGGGUUGAUUUAGGUAUACCAUACAAAUUGCAUGCUUUUCUGUACGAUUAUUUACCACUCUGAAUAUCACGAACAGCUUUAUCUAAAAGUUCCGGGUCAUAAUUACACCAUACUGUAGCACCUCUCCUGUUCUUAUCAUUCUUGGCAUUGUCCGAAAUCAACCCACACAGUACACAGUUUUACAAAAACCGUCAUUAUUUUAUAACCUUGCACGAGAAACUUGACAAACUUGUACAGAAAUUGUCUCAAUGCUGUUAGCUAUUGAGCAUGUCGACAAUUACGGUUACAAUAACUUCCCGCUCGGCCCAACAAUAGAAAGUUUCCACUUUAUGAUAAUGCAUGGAUUUUUAACACUAAGACUGUUUGUCAAUUAUUCACCUAGGGAAACAAUUGACGCAAAAUAAAAGUUGUGGAAAGUGAUAAUUGCAAUCUUGUGCUUAAAAUAACUGGCACACGGGUGUUAAAAUAAGUAGCUCUUUGUUUCUAUUCAGUAACAAAGAACAAAUAAGCCAUACUGUCCGAAUUUGCCCCGGUGUCCAAAAUCGCCCCAUUUGGCGGUACCGUUCAGAAGCCAAAACUGUGCACUUUUGAAUGUGUGCUUUACAGUAAUAUUCAUAAGUUACUGCUAUCACAAAUUCAUUGAGAUUUUGUCAGGCAAUAGUCAGUUGUUCAUCAGUAGUCGUGUAUUAAGCUUUAGUUGUCACAGUUCAAUAAAUUACGCAUUUGUUCAUUGUAAGUGUUAUACUGUAUAACGCUUCAUCUAAUAACCUCAGAUAAAAAUAGCAAAUGCGCUUCUGCAUACUUUCAAAGCAUUGAGUAAUAAAGCUGCAACCUAUAGGGUUUCAAACUUUGCUCGAAUGGACCAGAGAAGAGCAACACAGAAACUAUUGCCAGGAACUGGUUAAAGGCUUUUGUGAUGGACGCAUUGUGUUCCAGGAGGCUCUUUUAAAUCUUCUGAUUAAAACUUGUUCAGCUCACACAGAAUUUUGAAGGUUGUAUAUGGUUUUGCUUAUAGUUAAAGAAAAAGAGAGAAAGAAACUGGUCACGAAAUCAUAAAAAAAGACGAAGUGCCAUCUAAGCCCACUGCAUAACUUGACCAACAGUACUAGAAAACUGCUUUUCUUAACAUCACAAACCACAAUUUUGCCAACUUUGCAAGCAUAUUUUUGGCACUCCCAUCACAAGAUAUCUGUUUCCUGAGAUGCUUUGAGAUGCAUUUCCUUUGCUGUACUUUUCCAAAAAUUUGCACCCCUGAGCACACUACUCUCUGCUCUGAUUUUCUUGAGCUCUGGUAGAGUGUGUGGAACCAGAGAGAGUAUUACCCACCUCCUGCCUCUUGUGAUUUGUAUAGUGUGUCUGCCAGAGUAGAAAUGACACACGGAAAUAAGAAUUGCUCCAUCAGAACCCAAUGCUAUGCUUUUUGUUCCUGUUUUACAACUUUUGCAGAUUACCAUCCAGUUUUCUAGUACUGGUAUAUUAUCUGUGGCUCUUUUUUGCGACCCACCACGAUUACCUCUCCUGUACCAGCCUCUCAGAAUAGCACUCGCACACACAAGGGAACUUCCCCAUCGCACCCCCCUCAGAUUUAGUUAUAAGUUGGCACAGUGGAUAGGCCUUGAAAAAAUGAACACACUCGAGGGAAGACUUGAACUACGGACCACUCGUUCCGCAACUGCUCACGCUAACCACGGGACCGCGUCGCUCCUGGGCUCAUAGCAUCCUUGAUGUUGCCUACCUUGCGCACUGACUACUCAGUUUGUAUAUUUUGCUUAUUUUUUUUUCAUAGUUUCACACAACUUCUUCCUGUUUUCUCGAUUGAUCUGUGUUCAGUUUUUCAAGGCCUAUCCACUGUGCCAACUUAUGACUAAAUCUGAGGGGGUGCGAUGGGGAGGUUCCCUUGUCAGCUUUGUCAGUUAUUUGAUGUAUACAGGGUGUUACACAGUUCGUAUGACAGGCUUCUGCGGGUUGCAGAAGAGACUUCCCAGGUAAUACCUGUACAUAUCCAGUGAUCACAGGCCCUGCAGACCUUGACCUGCUUCCACAAGCUGCCUCCAUUCCUUUCUGUUUUGUGAUCAGUCUCCAAUACCCAGUGCCAGAACAUCCUUCUCCAGGUAACCCGUCCCUCACCGCCCUGGUCAUCCUGUGGGGCUUCUGGUGUUCGGUUUCCACUCGAGUGCUUUCUUCGCCUGUCUUCCUUCUGGCAUAUGGGCUAUAUGGUCUUUCUACUGGAGCCCUUUGCUCUUCAGCUUCUGUAGGAUUGCUGUUUCUUGUAUCAAGAGGUAGAAUCGCUUAUUCUUCCUCCUCCUCCAUUAUUCUUUAUCUAAAUCUCUCAUUUAGUCGUGCUCCAGAUUUCUGACCACUACACGACUGCUGGGCCUAUUGAUGCAUUGUAGAUUCUCGCCUCAGUGUUUGCUGAUCUCGAUUUUGAACUCGGCGUUUAUCAAAGGGAAUACUUGCAUUCCAUUCCCACUGCUAUUCUUCCCAUAAUAUCAAUACCUAUGCAGUUUUCACUGGUUAACCAAUAGACCAUGUAUCUGGACUGCUGAACUCCUUGAGCCUCAAGCCCUCCAUCUCAAGAAAUUCUUCCUGCUCUCGUCUUCUUCCCGAUUGCAUAAACUCCGUUUUGUGUCUCAGUUCACUUUUAGCCAAACCUUCUAUGUGUAGUUGUCCAUUUUCUGGUAAAUAUAUUUCAACUUGUGGCGUGAUUCACUCAACCUACUACACUACGUCAUCUCCAUAUGUGAGACAAUCGAAGUUACAAUCCGUUUGUACUCCUGUCCACUCCUAUUGCCUACAUUCCCUUAUUACGUUUUCACAAUUAGCUCAUUUCCGGAAAUGUACUGUUUGGAUGUAAAAUAAGUUUGAAGGUCAGAUGACUCUUAUUUCCUGCUUUGCGGUUCACAGAGACCAGAGAUGACAAUCUCUGACCUGUGCAUUCGACAGUAGCUUCUCCGUGUGGCGAUUUCAGAGCUCGUGGUCUUGUGGCUAGCAUUGCUCCCUCUGCAUCACGGGGUCCCGGGUUCGAUUCCUGGCCGCAUUGAGAUUUUCUUUGCCAGGGACUGGGUGUGUGUGUCAUCAUCAUUUCUUCUUCAUCAUCAUCAUCAUCAUCAUCAUCAUCAUAUGUGACAGUGGCUAGAUUGGACUGUGUAAAAAUUGGGUCUUUCUAUGAGUGCUGAUGACCACACAAUUAAAUGCCCCACAAAUCAAACACAAUCAUCAUCAUCCACAUGGCAAUGAGGUGUAUUUGCUGUGUGUGCUUUGAGACACACAGUCCACAAACCCACCUACCAGUCUCUUGCAGCUGUUGUUACAGUCAGAAAAAGAUAGUAUGUUACGGACUGAGGCGAUCCAGAAAAUGUUCCCGAUGCAGGCCUUGUGUGGCUUUUCCUUACAUACCACACUGUGUAGCAGGGGAUUUGAAAGUUAUCUGAAGGUCACACUUAUUUUACAUCCAAAUGGUGCAUUUAUUUAGGUAGGUUCAUUGUCAAAACUUUAUCUGCUACAUUCCCUCUACAAUCCCUCAAAUCGUGAAACUAAUUUUGAAACAUACUGUAUUUUCUGAUCUGUCUUCCUGUAUAGUUUUUACUCUCCGUCACUCCCUCUAGUAGUAAGGAAGUUAUUCCCUGCUGUGUUAAUGCAUGUCCUGCCAUCUUGUCCCUUCUUCUUGUCACCGGUUUCCAAAAAUUCCUUUCCUCAACAGUUCUACAGAGGUUUUCCUCAUUUCUUAUCAUUCCGCUUAAUUCUCAACAUAUUUCACAGCACUACAACACAGUUACUUCAACUCUCUUUUUUCUGGUUUUCCCACAGCGUGGGAUUCACUUCAAUACAGCACUGUGCACCAAAUGUGCAUUCUCAGACAUUUAUUUCUCUAAUUAAGAAGUUUUAUGAUAGUGAUGUCUUUUAUUGAAGAUGCUCCAUUUGUCUGUACUAAUCUGCUUCUUUUGCUUUCACUAUUACCUCCAUCAUGCAUUAUUUUGCUUCCGAGGUAGCAGAAAUGUUUCACUUCAUCUACUAUGUUGUCCCAAAUUUAUGCAUGUAAGCUUAUUGGUAAUCUCAAGUCUGCCACUUCUCAUUACUUUUGUGUCCCUUUGAUUAGUUCUCCCUCCCCCUCUCCCUCCCCCUCUCCCUCUCCCUCUCCCCCCUCUCCCUCUCCCCCCACCCCCAACCAUCCAUAUUCUGUGAUUGGCAGGGUGUCCAUUCCAUUUGACAGGUACUGCAAUUCUUCCACAGAUGGCAGCAAUGCAAGUAGCUGAAUCAUAUUGAUAUUUUUUCACCCUGAAUUUUAGUCCCACUUCUGGAUGUUUGUUUUUUCUUCCCCUUCAUUGCAGCUUAAAUAUCUUGUUGAACAGUGGAGGGGAAUACAGCAUCUGUACCUUACACCCUUGUUAAUCUGAUUACUUCUCUUUUGGUCUUCCAUUCUUAUCGUUUUCUCCUGAUUCUUUCACAUUCUGUGUGUGGUAGCCAGAGUUAACACUGCUGUUUGCAUUGAAUUGCCUUGCACACUUUUCUUGCAGAAAACUGUGUGCCAAGUUACAGAACAAAGCAGUGCUCGAGCAUAUGCCUUUUGACUACCAGGUAAUGGGAAUGACCGUGCUAUUGGAGCCACAAGAGGGUCAGCCGUGUUCUACGUUGUAGAACAGGUGGUCUCAGACACGAUUGUGGAGCACGAAUGGCUAAGAAAAGUUGGUUGACCCGUACUUGGAAGAGGCGAGGUUCGGGUCCCAGUCUGAUUUCCCACAUUAAAGUUUUCUCUGCUUUCCCUAAAUGAAUUGGGGAAAAUGCUGACACUGUUCCUUCCACAAGGCUCUUGUGUCCAGUCUUUGCCUGUUUACAAUCUCCUUUGACAUUGUUUAAAGAACACCAAAUUCAGAAACUAGUUGCUUUACAAUAAACUUUUAUAAACAACAUAUUUCAGAACAGUGCUUUUAAGGUGCAAAUGAUUUAUUAUUCGACCGGUCUUUGGGGCUACGCAAUUGUCGAGAAUCUUAGUUGGCAUUAAUCGCAUCCGAGUUGGUGCUCGCAUCCGAGUUGGUGCCACAUACGCUGGCUAGCUACUUUCUGUUGGCAUCACUUCACUUAGGUACACCUCCCGCUCCCAGGAGCACCUGGUAAGUUUGUACCUCAGCCGUACUGCUCAUGUAAGACAGAAAUACUGAGAGCUUCUAGAAACUGGUGAACUCCUAUUUCGCACACUGAGUAUAUUUUCAAUAGCAUCAGAUUUUUGGCAGUCGUCCUGACACAGUAAAAGUACAAACACCCAUAUUAGUUCAGUGACCUUGUAUCACAAGUACACACAUAUGCCAGUCUUGUAGCAAGGAGAGCUCUAUAUAUGUCAGACUGAUGAAUGUUUUGAAAAGGGGGCAGCAUUCAACGAAGUACUGAGUGAAAGCAGGAGCAAAAACAAAAACGUACAUAAAGUUGUCUGAUUGUCUUGCUGCUUCAAACGCAAUGAAUCACAGUUACCAUAUUAUAACUUUCCCUUCCCAUCUAGUUUAUUCAAAAAUAGUCAUUUUGAUGUUAGCACAAUGAGAUGGUGCAUUUUUAUGGUUUGUGACUUAAAACACAGCAUGUCAUUGCAGCAAUGCGACAGCAAUACUAAAUUCAAUUUUCAAAUCCCUUUUGAUACUUAUAUUGACGAAAGGAUGGUUUGGUAUAAGUUUUUUUUUGUAAUAAACUUGACACUAACAUCUAACUUUGAUCUACAUUAUAAUUUUGCAAUAUGAAAAUGCACAGACUGUUUGCCAACUGCACUCUACGGAACAAGUCCCCCAGUGCCUCAGACAGAUAUACAUCUAUAUGUUUGUAACAGUUAGAUAGUAACUUUACAUUAUUACAGAGUUCAUCAAAAUCACUUUUACUAUUUUAUUUAAUUUUACGGCAUUUAUUGCUUUAUGAGUUGUUUACUUCUUUCUUUCACCUAGAGAAUAAUAUUUUCUGUUACAAAAUGGUAUCGGAAGAGGUAGUUAUUUGAAUGAUUUCUUUUGACUGCAAGACACAGAUAUUACGAGAGUUCGGAUGUGUCGACUGUGUGCCAACAGGGCAUCAAACACCAAUCUUCUACCUCUUGUUGCAAUUCGUAUCAAUCUUUGUCACUCAGUAAAUGACACUGUUGAACUGUGGGGCCUCCGCCUUUUCAGCAUGUCUUUUAACUAGAACCAUUUUUGUGAUACUAUUCCUUUCUUACAUUGUGAUUGGUAAACAACCAAUCUUGAAUUGAAAUUGCCAUCUUUUAUUGAGGAACACAAGUACCCUUGAAUCUCUAGUAUCUUAUUUAACUACAUUACUUCUGUGUAAGCUACUUUAUGGUUAAAGUAGAGAUCAUGUUUAUGGCACUGUUGUGGAACCUGUCCAGUUUAAGUUAUUUUCCUAACCUCCCCACCUCGCUCUUGUUGUUAGAUUAUCUGGUACAGUGUAAGAACUCCUAAUAUUUUGUAGGUGGUUUAAAACAUCAAAGCGAAAUUUGGAACAAGUGUUGUGCUGAAUCAUUAGUUCUCAUAAGUUUUUGUUUGUAUCAGAACAUUUAAGCAUCUGUUAUUUCUGUUACUGUACAGCUUACAUUGUUCUUAAACAUGUUAAAAACGUGUUGAAGAGUAUCCUGUGUGCACAAGAGAGAGAGUGAGAGAUUGAUUUUACAUUGGAGUCAGACUUUGUCAUUCUAGUGUUGAGGUAUCUUUGAGUCAUUUUUGUAUGUCUUUGUGUUAAGAAUCUUUUGGGCUCAAACAAAUGUGUAUGUGAAUGGCCUUGAUUGCUCUGAGUGACUAAUAAAAGCAAUCUACAUAGCGUUUUGUGUAUAUGGUGAUUGUUCUCUGUGAUUCUUGGUCAGCUGUGCCUAACAGGAAUAAAUCUCAUAUUAUUCUCCCUCUGGUGUCCAAGACAGUGGUCUCAUGUAAAAAGCAAAGAGGAGAAGAAACUGAAAGUCACAGUCAGGAGCCUUAUGUUUUGCAAUUUUAGCCUCUUCAAACAAAGUAUGUCUUUGUUCUCUAAUGUUAUGUGUAUGUAUUUUUUUUCUGCAUAUAUUCUAGCAGUACAUGUAAUAGGGACAAUCGAGUGUUACUGUGUGUGUAAUGGGUAAUCUGCAGUCAGUGGUAUCAUUCACUCCAGAAGAGCUGAAGAAAAUUGAGAUAAAAUAUAUAUUAGUGGCUGUGGAAAGUGUGGAAUUGAAUAAAAACAACCAAACCACUGCUUAGUUAUAGAUAUAAUAGGCAAUAACAGCACUUGCGAAAGUCAUCUGUGACAAGUUAAAACUGGACAUUCGACCUGUAUGUGUGCCUAGCAUGGACUGUGUUAUAUCAGUCACACCAUCUGAGCGCACGGGGAAUCUGCAUUCAGGUCACAGCCCAGCUCAUAUUUUUAACUUUUCACUGUAGUAAGUACUCUGUAGGCAGUAAGAUAACUCAUUUUCAGAAUUUGUGAUUGCUCAAGCUUUUAAUAUUCAGGAUUCUUGAAAAAAUAUUGUGUAUUGCAACUAAGUGGUUGUGUGGGUACCUUUUUAGUUGCUGUCUGCACUUCUCUUGGUGUAAACAGUAGGUAAAUGUAUCAUGCCCUCCACUGAAUGUAUUUUAUUUCUCACUUAAAAACUUCUUAAAAAUUGUAAUGCAAAAAUGGUUGUGUACUUAAUGGUAUAUGCAUAGUGAAUAUUGGCAAGUCUUUUGUACAGUUUGAAAUUUAAAAAUUGGUGAAUGAAGACAUCAAGCUCUAACUUGGCACCUCCAUUUUCUUUACUUCCCUAUCUGUUGGUUGAUACAGAAAUGCAAGGGUUGCUAUUCAACAUUGAACAUAGAUUGCAUAUGUCAACAUAUUAUGUCAUUGUUAGAAUGGAGUGUUUGAAUUUAGGUGUUUCUUUAAAAAAAAAAAAAAUCAUCCUACUUUUUACACAUAGUUUUAGUUUAAUUUUUUUGUGGAAAGAAAGUCUGCAAUAUAUGUACUUAUUGUUCACUAGAUACAUGAAGGAUGUGUGUUUCACAGUUUUAUGUGACUUUAAACUGCACAUUGUACUUAAAGAUUUCAGUUCGAGAUAAUAGGCUCAGAAAACAUUGGUGACCAUUCGGGUACAUAAAUAAAAUAUAACAUUAAGCAUUGGUAAUAUCAGUUCAAUUGUAAAUGUCAACAUGUACUGUAAGGCCUUGUUCAGUAUGUGUAAAAAAUGAUGAAAAAUAGCCUCUUUGGGGGGGGGGGGGGGGGGGAGCAUGAUACCUCUAAAGCAUGCAUUUAUCCUACCUGAUACAAGAAAUGAAACAAGGGGGUAGGAAACACAUUUCCCUCUAUAUAAGUUAUAAUUUCAUACCAGCAGGAAUGCAAAGAAAACAGCUAGAUAUUAGGGCCCCCUAGUUUGAAUGAGAAAAAUAUUUUAUGAAUUUUGUUCAGGGGUUCUGUGCAACAGCAAUAACAUCAUUUGUCAACACAGCCUCCGAGUAACACAUGGUGUUCAUCUGCAUUUUUUUUUUCGAAUGUGUUCCAUCUGUUUCUAAUGUUCACCUAUUUGGCCUGCGGCUACAAUUACUGCCUGUUUCUGCAUUCCAUUUGCAACAGGAGCUGUUUGCUUCAUAAAAUGUUAUGAUAGUCCCAGCUCGCAGGUCCUAUGUAUGUGACCAAAUACUGCUCUACAAAGAUAAGUCUCCAACAGCUGCAGAAAACCAGUGGAAGAGUGCAAGAAAUGCUGCUGGAUAAAGGUAUUCGCACUCUCAGUGCUAGUACUAGUAUAGUGACUGCUGUAAAUCAGUGUCUCUUGAGAUCAAUAUUGUGAGUUAAGGUGUCAAACUAUUGCAGCAAGAUAAUUACAUAUAAAAAAAGUGGGGAUGUUCUCAAUAGAGAUGCUGCUGUUUCUCUUUGCUGCCUAUCUUGUUGUUUGUAGGGCAUUUGUGUUUGGAGAGCACAGAGGAACGUACAAACGUGCCUGUAGAUUUCUCAUUACUCACACAUGUUUAGCUCCUGUGAAUUUACGAUUACAGAAGGUGUGUACUUAAUGGCAUAUUUAUUGUGCUGCAUAUGUUUCUGAGAACCAAAGUCUGAUGUAAAGUUUCAGCAGCAGCAAAAGAAGAUUAAGUGUAGCCUGCUUACUUCACAAGUGAUGUCAUUUUCAAACUGUGCAAUGUAAACAAGUCUACUUUCCCCAUGGGGAGACUGAUACCACUGCCUGCCUUCUUACCCAGGUGUGAAUUAUUGGUAGCAAAUUCCUGCAUAUUGUACCCCACUCGUAUUCAUUAAUAGCUUUGUUGAAAUCUGUGUUUUUAUGCAGAUUAGUACUAAGCAGUGUUUUUUUUUUCUUUUUUUUUCGUAACUCUGAACUUAAGAGUAUGUGUCACUUUUUACAUUUUCUGUUCACUUAGUUUGCAGUUUUCAUGUGUGUGCCUUACAGGAAAUGUGAUUCCUUAUAAGCAUUUAUAUAAUAUACAUUGCUACAUUAUUUGAAAUGUAAAUUCUUUAUAUUGCAUUGUGCACUUAUACUGUGAGCAUUUAUUACUAAAGAUAUACAAAUAUUUAUAUGAAGCUGCAAAUGGGAAGUAAAA